CGCCCCCUGUUUUGCAUGCGCGCGGCCGACCCCGCCUCCGCUGUCAGCUGGAGGAAGCGGAGUAGGAAGCGGCCGCGAUGUCCUUUUGUGUCCUACAAGCAGCCAGCGGCGCCGCCGAGUGAGGGGGACGCAGCGCGGCGGGGCGGCGCGGCCGGAGGAGGCGGCCCCUGCUCAUCCCGGCGCUCCGGGCCGCUCGGCCCCCAUGCCUGCCAGCCAGCCCUGUCGGAGCCCCAGGUGACCAGCAUCAUGUCCAGCCAGGUGGUGGGCAUCGAGCCUCUCUACAUCAAGGCAGAGCCAGCCAGUCCUGACAGUCCAAAGGGUUCCUCAGAGACUGAGACUGAACCCCCAGUGACCCUGGCCCCAGGUCCAGCUCCAGCCCGCUGCCUUCCAGGGCACAAGGAGGAGGAGGAUGGGGAGGGGGCAGGGUCUGGUGAGCAGGGCAGUGGGAAGCUAGUGCUCAGCUCUCUGCCCAAACGCCUCUGCCUUGUCUGUGGGGAUGUGGCCUCUGGCUACCACUAUGGUGUGGCAUCCUGUGAGGCCUGCAAAGCCUUCUUCAAGAGGACCAUCCAGGGGAGCAUCGAGUACAGCUGUCCGGCCUCCAAUGAGUGUGAGAUCACCAAGCGGAGACGCAAGGCCUGUCAGGCUUGCCGCUUCACCAAGUGCCUGCGGGUGGGCAUGCUCAAGGAGGGUGUGCGUCUGGACCGUGUCCGAGGUGGGCGACAGAAAUACAAGCGGAGGCCAGAGGUGGACCCAUUGCCUUUCCCAGGCCCCUUUCCUGCUGGUCCUCUGGCAGUAGCUGGAGGCCCAAGAAAGACAGGGUUACCAGCGGCUCUCGAGGAAGGCCAGAGGGGAAUGUCUGGGAAGACACUUGGCUCUGAGGGGCUCCAGAGGUCUGCCAGAUCUGUGUUCAUGACUAGUCCUGCACCUGUCACUGUAGCCCCAGUGAAUGCUCUGGUGUCUCAUCUGCUGGUGGUUGAACCUGAGAAGCUGUAUGCCAUGCCUGACCCAGCAAGCCCUGAUGGACAGCUCCCUGCUGUGGCCACUCUUUGUGACCUUUUUGACCGAGAGAUUGUGGUCACCAUCAGCUGGGCCAAGAGCAUCCCAGGCUUCUCCUCGCUGUCACUGUCUGACCAGAUGUCAGUACUACAGAGUGUGUGGAUGGAGGUGCUGGUGCUGGGUGUGGCCCAGCGCUCACUGCCACUGCAGGAUGAGCUGGCAUUUGCUGAGGACCUGGUCCUGGAUGAAGAAGGGGCCCGGGCAGCUGGUCUGGGGGAUCUGGGGGCAGCCCUAUUGCAGCUGGUACGGCGACUGCAAGCCCUACGGCUGGAGCGGGAGGAGUAUGUACUGCUGAAGGCUCUGGCCCUUGCCAAUUCUGACUCUGUGCAUAUUGAAGAUGCCGAGGCUGUGGAGCAGCUGCGUGAAGCCCUGCAUGAGGCCCUGCUGGAGUAUGAAGCUGGCCGGGCUGGCCCUGGAGGGGGUGCUGAACGGAGGCGGGCAGGCAGGCUGCUGCUCACACUGCCACUCCUCCGCCAGACAGCAGGCAAAGUCCUGGCCCAUUUCUAUGGGGUGAAGCUGGAGGGCAAGGUGCCCAUGCACAAGCUGUUUUUGGAAAUGCUUGAGGCCAUGAUGGACUGAGGCAAGGGGUGGGACAGGGUGGGUGGCUGGCAGGAUCUGCCCAGCAUGGGGUGUUAGCCCCAAGGGGGCAAAGCUGGAGUCUGGGCAGUGCCACAGCCUGCUGGCAGGGCCAGGGCAAUGCCAUCCGCCCCUGGGAGUAGGCUUCAUGCCCUCCCCUCCCCGCUCUGGGGAGUCGUCAGAAGCUAGGGGAGUGAAUGCCCAGGUGUGGGCACAGUGCUGCCCCUUGCAAGCCAUAAUGUGCCCCCAAGAGUGUAGGGGGCCUUGCGGAAGCCAUAGGGGGCUGCAGGGGAUGUGUGGGAGGCAGAAACUGAUCUCAGGGAGGGAAGGGGAUGGAGGCCACAGUCUCCCAGUGGGUGAUGCUUUUGCUGCUGCUUAAUCCGAUCCCCUCUCCAGAGCAGAGGGGGGCUUGGAAAGCAAAGGCCCCUGUCCCCUUCGCUCCUCUCCUCAUUUGCAUCGGGCAUUAGUGCCCCCCCUUGAAGCAAUAACUCCAAGCAGGCUCCAGCCCCUGGACCCCUGGGGUGGCCAGGGCCCCCCAUCAGCUCCCACCUCGAAGGGUGGGGGACAGCACUGCCUCUAUGCCCUGCAGAGCAAUAACACUAUAUUUAUUUUUGGGUUUGGCCAGGGAGGCGCAGGGCCAUGGGGCAAGCCGGGGGCCCAGAGCCCUUGGCUGUACAGAGACUCUAUUUUAAUGUAUAUUUGCUGCAAAGAGAAACCGCUUUUGGUUUUGAACCUUUAAUGAGAAAAAAAAAUAUACUAUGGAGCUCAAGUACAA